UUCGUCAUGGAGCUGUCUCUUGUCACGAUGGCGCCAUUUCCAGGCGGUCGUCCUACUCGUAGCAAAUCCCGCCGUCGCAGGGCGCUUGUCUCGAAUGCGAUCAAGAGCCCACCUCCUCUGGUCGUGCAGCUCUCGGUGGGAGUGUUCGCGCUGGGAUUCCUUGACGCCGGGUAUAGUGGCGACUGGUCGCGAAUCGGUGUGCUAUCCAAAGGUAGCGAGGCAGUCAUUCGCGACGCCGCAUUCGCUGUUGUGCCACUGUGCCUGGCGAUAAUCUUGUGGAUCGGGAGAACAAAUGAAAAGCCCUAAAACAGAGCACUAAAGCCCUAAUUUACUUUGUGUUGCUAUGGCGAGUAUCAGAGUUGGAGGGGCGCCUGCGGCUCCGGCUCCAGCUUUUCCAAUCCCUGGAGCCCAAUUCCGGCUCGCGGUCUCGACAAUCUCGGCGAUUCCCGCUCCCAGGCGCCUGCGCCGCCGUCUCGUCACCAGGGCCGCCAAUCCAUCCACGGCUCUGUUUGCAAAAGAAAUGGAGCGCGUCGCAGCAAAAGAGGCUCUACUUUUCGCCGUGAAAGAUGCGGGAGGCCUAAACGCGAGCAACGAUGCUGCGGUCCUCGACAUAUGUGAGAAGCUGCUCGCUGUGGAGCGCUUGAAUCCAACUCCACGUCCAACGACGUCACCUCUUCUCGAGGGCCUUUGGAAUCUCGAGUGGGCGGGAGCUCGGUUCAUGGCAUCCAAGGUUUUGAUAACAACGUUCCCCGCAUUGCUGUCUAUCGAAGGAGUCACGCUACGAGUAAUGGACGGAAUGGCGAGAGCUACUCUCAAUCUCAAAUUCUUGAACUCGAUUGAGACGAGCUUCAUAUUGACAACAAAUAUUUCAGCUCAAGGGCCAUUGCGGCUUAAAGAACAGUACGUGGAUGGUGUUAUAGCUCCUCCGCUUGUCAAGGAAGGCAGCAUUCCAACCCAAGUUCAAGGAAUUUACGACCAGUUUGUAGCUGCCGCUCAUAGGCUUCCGGAGUCUGUCAAGGAUAGCGUCUCUGGCGGCCUCAAGCUUCCACUUGGUGGAGGCUUGAGUUACGAGAGGCUGUUGCUUAUCUCGUACUUGGACGAAGAAGUGCUGGUUGUAAGAGAUCCAACAGGAGCUCCAGAAGUUUUGUCGAGACUAGAGGUAAAGUCUCCGGUUCCAGCCGAUCCGGAAAUCGGAUACUACAAGUAACAAGCUGUAAGCAAAGUUUUUCCUCUCCCCUAGUGAUAAGUCACCUACUGGGACCGUG